AUGCAAGCUGCUAAGGAUGUUGCAACCUUUUUGAAGAAGAGAGCUCUAUUAGAAGAAGAAUAUGGUAAACAAAUGACAAAAUUGGCUCAAUCUAUGAGUGAAUCGUUCAAAACUCAUCCCAGAUCAAGCACAUUCGGAAGUGCCUGGACUUCAACUUUGAAGGUACAUGAAAAUAUUGGAGAACAGCGAAUUAAAUUUGCAUCUGAUAUCACAGAAGUCGCAGAUGAUUUACAAUUAUUGGUCAAAGAUACUGAAAAAGCAAGAAAACAAGCAAAGGAUAUUGGUACAAAACAAGAAAAGAUAUUAACUGAUGCUGAAUUAUCUUUAGAAAAGAGCAAACAAAAGUAUGAUAUGCUUAGUGAAGAAUGGGAACGAGCCAUUUUACUUAAAACAAAUGAUCCUUACCAUAUACCCAAAAAAGGUCUCUUCAAGACGAAUAAGACACAAUAUCAGUUGAAUCGAUCUGAAGAAGAGGCUCAUAACAAAGCUAGUGCAGCAGAUCAACAUUAUCGACAACAGUUACAAAUCGUCAAUACUACUCGUCAAGAUUAUUUUUCUACUCAUUUACCAGAAAUGUUGGUGGGAUUGAAAGCAGUAGGGGAUGAAUGUUGUAUGGCUUUACAAUAUCAAUUGGCUCGUUAUGCUUAUAUUUAUGAACGUGCACUGGUAGCAGAUGGUUAUGCGUUGGAUAAUGAUAGUGGUCUUGGUUUACGCUCAUUGGCAGAGAAAGUGGACAGAGAUCUAGAUUUGAUGGAAUUUAUAAAGUCAUGUAAUGGUCAACGUGGCACAAGUAGUAUCAGGAUCAUUCAACGUGGUGAUGUUCCUUACAAAGAAUAUAUUAUGUCAACGGCAGCGCAUCAAAUCUUGAAUCCUAAUCCCGUAUUUGGUAUUGAGCUUAAUGUAUUGAUGAAACGAGAUAAUCAAGAAGUACCUUUAGUUGUUCAAAAAUGUGCUGAAGCAGUGGAAAAAUAUGGAAUUAAAUCUAUGGGUAUUUAUCGUGAAUCUGGAACUGGAACUCAAAUUCAAAAGCUCAAAGCAGAAUUCAAUAGAAACUGUCAACAAGUGAAUUUAGAUGACGAAGAAUACCGAUCCGAUGUCAACAAUAUUACUGGUGUAUUGAAACUUUGGUUCCGUGAAUUACCUAGUCCUUUAUUCCCUCAAGCUGCUUAUGAUCAUUUUAUCACUGCUGCAAGAAUCGAUGACGAAAGGAUGCGCAUUCUAGGCUUACAUACUGUGAUCAACGAUCUUCCAGAUGCACAUUAUGCUACAUUGAAAUAUCUUAUGGGUCAUUUGAACAGAGUACGUCAAUAUGAACAAUACAACAAAAUGGGAUCAAGCAAUUUGGCAACUAUCUUUGGAAUGACAUUAAUGGGUGAUCUAAGCGCUGGUAGUCUCAAUUCAUCCAAUCAACAUCGUUUGGCAGAUACUCACUUACAUGUCCGAGUGGUACAAACUAUUUUGGAUCAUUAUCGAUUGAUUUUUGAACAAGACGAAUGA